UCAUCAAGCACCGCAUCAUUGCCGUUGAAAAACUCGUCGCCGACAUGAACUUCUUGAUCGAAGUAGACAGGUACCGGAUAUUUGCUGAUACGGUCAUGACCCAGGCCGAGGACGGAGUCUAUAACCAUGCUGCAGAGGCCCUGGUAGGCCAGAAGGCAAAGGCUAUCAUAAAUUGCUACAUUGAGUCCGACAUACCCCCUAAACUUCAGGUCAACAUUUCUCCCGAUGUUGCCGAGACCAUUGUGGGUAACUACAACGACCAGAUCAUUGAGCGGGGAUUAUUUCACGAAGCAACCAUUUCAAUCUUCCCCACGCUUGCCCAUCUCUGGAAAAAGUUCAAUGCACAGCGCAUUUUUGACAGCAUGCCACCAAGGCCACUAGUAAAACACAGGAUCACUCCACACGGCUCCACGAAAAUUCCUAAUUACGUUACCAUGGAUAAAGUCAAGACAAAACGGAUAAUUAGCCACAGCGAUGACGACUGUAUGCGAAUUCUGUUUUCAUUGGCUCAUGGUAUCCGACACAUCACGCCCCAUUUCACCCACGAUCAUGAAUUGCUCCCCAAGGGAUUUUCGGGCUCCCAGCUCGAUCUAAUACAAUAUGCAAGGGGUCUAGCUCUACACCAUGGCGACUCCGAGAGCUUCAUCAGCCGGUUGACGAACCUUGUCGCACGCAGAAACGACGCUGCGGGCGAGCUCUCACCCGAGUAUGAGUCACAUGCUCACGGUCGGCGUCGCAAGAGCAGCAUGUCGCAAUUAUCGUCCCGGAAACUCAUACGACCGCCAGUGGAGCACAUUGCCGUGGUCUCUCGUUCAGAUCUUCGAUCGGAAAAAUCCGCUACACCAGCUGGCGUAGAAAUGUCGCAUCUUCUCAAGUUGAUGAACCCAAAAGCUUACGAAAUGACGUAGUAUUUUUUCAACAAGAUUUUUGUAAAUAGAUGGAUUGAAGCACGUUUAAGUUUUAUAAUAAAAGAGACAUUUCCUUAACAAAUUUUGUACAUGUACAUGCAUACAGUACUACAUUGUAUAUUACUGCAGGUAUA